GAAAUAUUUGUUUAUGCCUUAUCUAUCAAUCUUAUUCGAAUUACCUAAUGGAGGUUACUAUUUUUAUACAUAGCCUAUCUGUUUUAGCUGACGUAUUCAGUUUUUUGUGAAGAUUCCGAGUAAAACGCGGUAUUGAAGUAUUAAAUGCUUUUUAGUGAAUGUUUGUUGAAAUUUUAUUCUUUAUUACUAUUGAUGAAUAGGACUUGAUAUCGUACAAAAAUGUCAAACAUACUGAAAGAGGCUGCAAUUCAAGUUGGCUCAGGUGGCACAGCAGGAUUCGUGGAGGUUUGCAUCAUGCAUCCCUUAGAUCUGGUUAAGACAAGGUUACAGCUACAAAACAAAAUGAUAAUGAAAGCUGAUCCUCAGUUUUAUAAUGGUAUCGUGGACUGUUUGUUGAAAAUGUACAAAAACGAAGGUCUUGGAGCAUUUUGGAAAGGAAUUGUACCACCAAUUCUCGUUGAGACGCCAAAAAGAGCUGUCAAGUUUUUCACUUUCGAACAAUACAAGCAAUUAUUCUUAUUUGGACACAGUUCUCCGACUCCAGUAACUUACUCCCUAGCAGGACUCAGCGCCGGAAUCACAGAAAGUAUUUUAGUAACACCCUUCGAAGUGGUCAAAGUGGCACUUCAAGCCAACAGAUCCAAAUUUAAAGAGACGCCAUCAACAGUAUUCGUAGCCAGGCAGAUCAUCUUGAAGGGAGGUCUGGGCCAGCAGGGUCUGUUCAAGGGCCUGAGUGCCACAAUUCAUAGAAAUGGCCUGUUCAAUAUGGUGUACUUCGGAUUCUACCAUUCCGUGAAGGACUUCUUUCCCUCUUAUGAGAACGAAAAAGCGGAAUUCUUCAGAAAAUUGGGUAUUGGAUUCGUUUCUGGCACUUUGGCUUCAUGUGUAAACAUUCCUUUCGAUGUAGCGAAGUCCAGAAUACAAGGACCUCAACCUCAAAAGAAUGUUAUCAAGUACAAAACUACUUAUGGAAGUAUAGCUACGGUUUAUAAAGAAGAAGGAUAUGCUGCCCUAUACAAAGGUCUACUACCAAAAAUUUUGAGACUAGGACCUGGUGGUGCUAUAAUGCUAUUGGUUUAUGAAUACAUGCAUGAUUUCUUGUCGAAUAAGUUCAAAUGAUUUUUGUUUAGAUAAGCCAGAAAACUUUUAAAAGAAAGAAAUUUGCCAUCUCAAGAUGUCUCUGUGUUAACUGUUUCUAUUUUAUACUAUUAAUAAAGAUAUUUAACUAGA